UGUCCAGAUCCAGAGUGAAGGCGGAGGGUUGCCACACAGGCUAAUUUCUGGUGAGAGUGGAGGCACGUCUGACAGAGAUUGUGUUAGCCAUACAGGUUUAUACAUAGCUGGAUAAUUAGAAUGGGGGAACAACGUCUCGCCAAGUGGUACUUUGGAGGCCUAGCUUCAUGUGGAGCAGCAUGUUGCACUCACCCUCUGGAUCUGCUGAAGGUUCAUCUCCAGACACAACAGGUGGCCAGUAUGGGAGGCUCUCAGAUGGCUGUGCAUAUAGUGAGGAGUCAAGGCCUUUUAGCUCUGUACAAUGGCCUUUCAGCCUCUCUCCUUAGACAGAUUACCUACUCAACAACAAGAUUUGCAAUUUAUGAGGUAGUGAAGCAGCGGCUUGGUGACAGCAAGGGUGAGCCUCUCGCAUUCUACAAACGAGCAAUGUUAGCUGGCUUUGCUGGAGCGUGCGGUGGAUUUGUGGGCACCCCAGGGGACAUGAUCAACGUGAGGAUGCAGAAUGACAUCAAAUUACCUAUAGACCAGAGAAGAAACUAUAAACAUGCACUUGAUGGCCUCAUACGUGUUCUCCGUGAAGAGGGAGUGUCAAGAUUAUUCCGAGGAGCUUCGACUGCAACUUUUAGGGCUGUGCUAAUGACAAUUGGUCAACUCUCCUUUUAUGACCAAAUAAAAGGAUUCUUGUUGACCACACCUUAUUUUAAGGACAACCUGACAUGUCAUUUCACGUCUUCCCUUGCUGCAGGUGCAAUUGCAACAACUAUGACGCAGCCUGUGGAUGUUAUUAAAACCAGAGCCAUGAAUGCAAGACCUGGAGAGUUCAAGAAUCUGUGGCAUAUCAUUUCUUACACAGGGAAAGCAGGACCAAUGGCAUUCUUCAAGGGAUAUGUGCCUGCAUUUGUGCGUUUGGGACCACAUACAAUCCUGACUUUCAUCCUCUUUGAACAACUUCGGAAAAACUUUGGAACCAUUAGGGUGACUACAAAUUAAUAGGAGUGUUUUUAGAUACUGAAAGAUGUAUUUUUGAAGAAGAAAAAAAAAUUUUGAUUUUAAAUUUAAUUGUAAUCAUGAAAGCUAACCUAUAUUUUCUUUUGGAUUGUAUUAGUUGUGCCCUUAUAUGAGACCAUAUCAUAAACCAUGUGCAUUUUGUAAUUUGAAAUUCAUUCCAUUAGUGAGUAAUUUUCAGGUAGCAAAGGCAUAUAUCACCAAGUUCCUUCCUUACAGCCUAUGCAGUUGUUCAGAUUACUUAUAUUUUGUUCAAUUAAAAAGAUCUUUUGUAGGAAAUGAGUUUUCAAGUGUUUGCAGGAAACUGAACUUCAACAUUCUGUAAUGCUAUGCUUCCUGAAGUGUACAACGAACAAUAAGAAUGAACUAGGGCAUAUAUUCCUGGUGUAAUGAAACCAACAUGUUUAGGUGCCAAAUGAAAGUGUAGUCGUUACAGUAGUUGAAUUGCAAUAUGUACAUAGAUGUAUAUUUUAUAUGUACAUGGUAGUGGAUUUUAUUAGAUACUUGUGUGAAUUAAUGAACCAAGCUAACAUGCCAGUACAUUAGCUUGUAUCAGCUCUGUGUUAGAAUAAUGGAUUUGCUCAGUAAAAUUGUGUGAGACUGUUACCAGUUCAGUGAAGGUUGUAGUUGUGGAAGUAGAUACGGUAAACAAGUACACAGAUAAUCUUGAAAUAUCUGCUUAGAAAACAACUUACAUGUACUGUCUUCCAUAUAUCAGGAGGAUUUUUUUGUUGUGAUUUAUUGCAUAUUAUUGGAAGAUGAGCUCUUGCUGGUAUACUGACAAGUAAUAGUAAUACAGUUAUAUUAGAAAAUAUACAUGUUCUUCAUUCCACCAUGGGAGAGUUUCAGUGCAAAACAUCUGAGUAUAUUCCCAGAAGUAUUUUUUGCAGAAAUAAAACUUCAUUUGUACACUAUAUUUUUUAGUUUAUAUAUAUAUAUAUAUAUAUAUAUAUAUAUAUAUAUAUAUAUAUAUAUAUAUAUAUAUAUAUAUAUAUAUAUAUAUAAUUAGUAUAUUUUCUUAUAGAAGUUAAAUUUAUCAGUUUUGUUUUUUACAAAAUUUUAUUUGUUGUUGAUUUCAGAUAUUUUAUAUUUUUGCAAUUGGAUUGCAUGUAUUAUUUUACAUAGGAGAUAUUUUGGUAUAAUAGCAUUGUUUUUUAUGCUACCCUGUUAAGAUGAAACAAUUCUCCACUAAUAUGAAUAUUAGAGAGAGUUUUAUAAAAAAAAAAUGGUAGAAUAGAAAACUUUGUGUAGGAAAAUUGGUAUUAGUGUAGUACAUAACCCAUUUUUACCACUUGUGUUGUUCAACAGCUACUUACAUUGCCGUUUGUGGAGUAGAGUUUGAAUGGAGAAUUGUUUUCACUGUUUUCUAUUGAAAUAAAGCUUUUAUGUUAUUCA